GCUUGUUUGUCGAAGAAAGGUUUUUGUUGAAGAUGGCUAUGGCAGUUGGUUUGGUGAGAGGUGGGACCUCAUCUUCCUCAUGGACUCAGAGAGGUUUCCUGAAGAACAGAAAGGUGAAGAAGAUGAAUGUUUCUUGUGUUGCUUCUUCUGCUAGUUUAACAGAUCAAUACAAAACGCUUAGAAUCCAACCUGGUGCUUCUGAAGGUGAGGUGAAGAAAGCCUUUCGCCAGCUCGCCUUGCAGUAUCAUCCAGAUGUCUGCAAAGGAAACAACUGUGGCGUUCAAUUCAAUCGAAUUAACGAAGCCUAUGAUGUUGUGAUGAGUUACUUGAGGGGAGAAGAGACGAACACGAUUGAUCAAUAUGAAUCGUACGAUUACAACGAUGAAGAUGAGCCAAUGAGAGGGAUGUGCGAUCCAGAUUGGGACAUGUGGGAAGAAUGGAUGGGAUGGGAAGGGGCUGGGAUUCGUGAUUACUCUUCUCACAUCAACCCUUACAUCUGA